AUUAAUUUUAUUUGUUUGAUUUGACACCAGUUAAGAUAACAAUAACCAAGCAUUAGUCAAAAGUAUUUCUUUAAUUUCCCUUUAUAAUUUAUGCUUUUAUCUUUUCAAUAAUUGUACAAUAAUUACAGUCAUGGCUUAAAAUAAAUUAGACUUUUCUGCACAUGUAAUUUAAGCGUUUGAGCCUGGGUAAAUAAAAAAAUACGACCAGAAUAAUAUAAACAGUAACAAUGAAAAUGGAAAACAGUGGUGUGUUAUGUGAAAUAUCUCCAGUUUUUAGACCCUACAUACAAAAUUUGUAUCAUGAUUUGGAACUAGGGUUAUGUAAAGCUAAAGUUGACCUAGAAAGAAUUGGGAGCAAUUGUGAUGGAGCCGAAACUCAAUUCAGAUUAGUUUUACCAUACUGCUCUAGAAAGUUAAAAUGGGAAGUUAUAUUUGAUGCAUCAACACCUUGGUUCGCCCCAGACUUUAGGUUCGAUGAUGACAGUUUCCUUAAUAAUCCAGAUGAGGAAUUCCUUAUUAAAAAUGUUCCCAGCCUUGCAAAUUGGAAUGGUAAUGAUCCUAAUGCACUCUGCAAUGUUAUAAAUGAGUUAAUAAAGUUGUACAAAGCACAUCAGAUCAAAAAGUUAAAUGAGGAUGAUGAAUCCCGUGCAUCUUUUGAGUACAGUGCUCUUUUAGGAAAUGGGUUCACCUCUGAGCAAGAUAUUGAAGUUUAUGUAUUAGGACAUACAGCUGAAUUUUUAAUUAAAUUGAAAGUUGACACAUCAAGAUUACCAGAGUUAUACAAUGAAGGAACUGAAAAUAAUCCUGGCAUUGAUACAGCUCUUAUGCUAGUUCGUUAUCCAAAUUCUACAAAUGCUGAACUCAUGUUAUCACCAUUUUUAACUAAAUGUCUUGGCAAUAUAACACUACCUUUAAUGCAUCAAUCAGGAGUUUUAAUGGAUUAUGUUCCCAUGGUAACGGAUCUUUUAAAUAGUAAGAUUCAAGAUCUACUAAACAAUGACAAAUUAAAAAGGGGACUUUUGGCACAACUUAUAGUUAAAUAUGAAGGUGCAGUUCUGGAGCAUGAUGCCAACAGUGCUGCUCUUUUGUUUGAAAUGAACAACUUUUAUUGGAUAUUACAAAUUGAUAUAGGUAUUAACUUUCCCGAAAAGCCGCCAAUAUUGACAUUGCGAUCAGUCUAUCACAGCAGCAAGGGCAAACCAAAGUACAAAGUUUUAAAUGCCUGCCCAUAUAAUAAUUUCGAAGCAUACAUAGAGCAACAAGUUGAAAUUUUCAAAAAUGAAUGUAAAGGUGUUGUACCAAGCAUUCAGGUUUCUAAUAUGGAGAAUUAAUACAUAUUUGAAUAACAGUUUAUUAUUCUGGUUUUCAAUUAAUUCUUUAUUACAGUGGAAGAUUGU